UUUCUUUGUAUCGAUAUGCGAAUUUUAUUAACUGACGAACAACGUAAAGAUUACUAGCUAGUCUUACAUGUAAAUAUAGAUCAUUUAUUUCAUAACUACUUUGAUGCUUAAAUGCUGCCGGCAAUUGUAUUAAGUUUGCUGGUUGAGAAUACACACAUGGAAGCACCCUUUUCCAUGUAAUACGCAAUCAGUAUCACUUUCACAUGUGCAUUUCUGGGUGUCCGGGGAACAACAAAUGGGAAAAUAUAAGCGCUACUCUUUCAUUUAAUUUGUAUUAGGAUAAUUAGGCAAUGCAAGUCUUUGGGGAGCCUGGGUGCAGUGACUGCCAUUUUUAUCUCUUCAAAAUCACAUCGGGGUUUUCUAGCAUGUUUCUAAUUUCUGGGGGGCGACUAGAUCAGUACUGCUCUUGUUUUCGCUCUGAUUACCUGUUCAACUUCGGAAGCCGGUAGGAGGGCGAGAUUCAAGGAAAUGGCAUCCGGCCCUCCGUCAAACUUCUCCUGGGUGGAGCCAGGGAAGCUGGCUGGACUGGCGAUGCCCCGCAUGCCAGCCCAUUAUCAGUACCUGCUGGACAACGGCAUCCAGCACCUGAUCAGCCUUUCGGAGAGGAAACCUCCCUAUCAUGACACCUGCCCAACGUUAACGUUACAUCACAUCAAAAUAGACGACUUUUGCCCGCCUAGGGAUGACCAGAUCGAUAGGUUCCUGUCCAUCGUUGAGGAUGCUAACUCCAAGGGACAGGGUGUGGCCGUCCACUGUCUGCAUGGCUACGGGAGAACCGGGACCAUGCUGGCCUGCUACCUGGUGAAGAAGAAGAAGAUCAGCGGCGUGGAGGCCAUCAACGAGAUCCGGCGGCUACGUCGCGGGUCCAUCGAGACCCACGAGCAGGAGAAAGCCGUGGUGCAGUUUCACAGCCGCAGCAAAUAGAGGGCGGGACGGACAUGGCCGAGUGAGUAUGGGGAGCCUUGAAGCCAGUACACUGUGUGUCUCCAGCUUCUCAUGUCCGGCUCAUGUGAUCCCAUGUUCUCCAGUUAUAUAUAGCAACGUAUCCAUGGAGACUGUCGUACUGGAAUUCAUCACAGAAGAUAUAUUUUUCCUUUGCUCCAGAAGUUCUCCUUCACAGGCUUGACUGUGAUUUUAACCUUUAAUUACGGGUAGUGGUUUUUCUGUCAGUUAUAAUUAGGUCUUUGUACAUAUUUUUUUAUGUUUAACUGGGACUGAUCACCUGUUAAGUACUGCCGGGUUCCUACAAAGACAAUUUGUAAUAUGAUUAUGGAUUGUUUAUAUUGCUUGCGAAUGUGCAUUAUCAGAAGGAUAUGCAAAAACUGCCUUUGAUUGGUGUGUCAUAUACUGGGUUAUACGGUAAGAUCAGGUUCCCAGGCCUGGUUUUCCUUUGUGAUAUGAACCUCUUUUUCAGGAUUACCAGACAGACAUUGUAGAAAUAUGACAACAUGUUUGUUCAUAAACUUCCAUAAAUGGUA